AUCAGACCCCGCAUAAAGCCCUAGAGACAGAUUUGGGGUAUGUUUGGCAUGGAAAAUUAUUUUCCAGUUUGGUUACAAUAAUCUUUAAGAUCCUGUUCUACACAUCACUACUAAACCUGGACCAACUAACCGCAGUCGUUUCUCAUUUUCCGCAACGCGUUCUGACAUUUUGGUCCUUUUCGUUUCCCGUACAUUUGCGUCACCGCUGUUGGCGCGGGAUAUUUAAUAACAAAUCAUGGAACUUAAAGCUUGUUGCUUUGCAAAACUUCUUAACUCAUAUAGGCCAUUUAAUUAAAAACCUAGCUGGCCGUAUUUAUUUGCAAUAUAAAUAAAGAAUUAAAUACGCUACAUUUGCGUUAACAAUGACGCUCCGUGACUCUAAUCUUAUAGGCGGCUCUUUUAGCAUUAGUAACUAGCGUGCUAGCGCUGUCUACUAUAGCAACCGUAACUGCGCUCAUUAGACCAAAUUCCCCCGAGUCUCUAAGUCAGAAUGAGAAGAAGCUUUGCGCCGAGUCAGCUCGCCAAGAGAAAGCAGAGAGUCGAUUCGUCUGAUGAUGAUGAUGAUGAAGAUGAAGACUGGGAUGCUGAAAUUACAAGCAAAAGGAAGAAAGACUGCAGAGAAAGUUACAUGUCUCCAUAUAGGAAGCCUCUGACCCAGCUCACAAACAAGCCUCUGUGUGUGGACAGCAACGAGCAUGAGGCUUUUAUUCGAAGUAUCCUUUCAAGACCAUUCAAGGUUCCCAUCCGUAAUUAUACAGGUCCGUUGGGUGUGCGGGCUCUGGGUUUGAAGAGGUCAGGCGUUAGAAAGGCUCUCCAUGACCCUUUUGAAGAUGGAGCUCUGGUUCUUUAUGAGCCACCAGCUUUGGGGGCUCAUGACCUCAUCAAAACAGACAAGGACAAGCUGCCUGUGCACGUUGUGGUGGAUCCAGUGCUUACUAAAGUUCUUCGACCCCAUCAAAGGGAGGGUGUGAAGUUUCUGUGGGAGUGUGUGACAGGACGACGCAUCCCCGACUCUUACGGCUGCAUCAUGGCUGACGAGAUGGGACUGGGGAAGACACUGCAGUGCAUCACACUCAUGUGGACUCUCCUUAGGCAGAGUCCUGAUCUCAGGCCUGAGAUUGAUAAGGCCAUUGUGGUCUCCCCAUCCAGCCUUGUCAGAAACUGGUACAAUGAAGUGGCUAAAUGGCUCGGAGGACGUGUGCAGCCUGUCGCUAUUGAUGGUGGCUCCAAGGAAGAGAUAGACCGAAAGCUUGUGAACUUCAUUUCCCAGCAAGGUCUGAGAGUUCCCACUCCCAUUCUGAUUAUUUCAUAUGAAACCUUCCGUCUCCACGCUGAAGUUCUGCACAAAGGCAAAGUAGGAUUGGUCAUUUGUGAUGAGGGUCACAGGCUGAAAAACUCGGAUAAUCAGACGUACCAGGCUCUGAAUGCGAUGAACGCCCGGCGCAGAGUCCUGAUUUCUGGCACUCCCAUUCAGAACGAUCUGCUCGAGUACUUCAGUCUGGUGCACUUUGUCAACGCCGGCAUCCUCGGCACAGCUCAGGAAUUUAAAAAGCGCUUUGAGAUUCCCAUCCUGAAGGGCCGUGAUGCAGAUGCUAGUGAUAAAGAGCGUGCUGUCGGGGAGGAGAAGCUAAAAGAGCUCAUCAGCAUCGUUAACAGGUGUCUUAUCAGGAGGACCUCUGACAUUCUGUCGAAGUAUCUUCCUGUGAAAGUUGAGCAAGUCGUUUGCUGCAGGCUGACUCCUCUGCAGAAAGAGCUCUAUAAGCAGUUCCUGAAUCAGGCAAAGCCAGUAGAGACUCUGCAGCAGGGCAAGAUCAGCGUCUCCUCACUCUCUUCUAUCACCUCACUCAAAAAGCUCUGCAACCACCCUUCACUGAUCUAUGAGAAGUGUGUGGAGGGGGACGAGGGCUUUGCUGGGGCGGUGGAGCUCUUCCCACCGGGUUACUCCACUAAAGCUGUCGAACCACAGCUUUCAGGGAAGAUGCUGGUGCUUGAUUACAUUCUGGCCAUGACACGGACGACGACCAGCGAUAAAGUUGUGCUGGUGUCCAACUACACACAGACGCUGGACCUGUUUGAGAAGCUGUGUCGUACUCGCAAAUAUCUGUAUGUAAGACUGGAUGGAACAAUGUCUAUCAAGAAGAGAGCCAAGAUUGUUGAAAGAUUUAACAGUCCUUCUAGCCCAGAGUUCAUCUUCAUGUUGAGCAGUAAGGCUGGCGGCUGUGGCCUGAACCUUAUUGGGGCAAAUCGGUUGGUAAUGUUCGACCCGGAUUGGAAUCCGGCCAAUGACGAACAGGCGAUGGCGAGAGUGUGGCGCGAUGGCCAGAGAAAAACGUGCUACAUCUACAGACUGCUCUCUACGGGAACUAUAGAGGAGAAGAUCCUGCAGAGGCAGGCUCAUAAGAAGGCUCUGAGCAGCUGUGUGGUGGAUGAGGAGCAGGACGUAGAGAGACAUUUUUCUCUGGAGGAGCUGAGGGAGCUGUUCACUCUCAACGAGGACACGCUCAGCGACACACAUGACAGGUUUCGAUGCCAGCGCUGUGUAAACGGGCGUCAGGUUCGUCCCCCCCCAGACGAUUCAGACUGCACCAGCAAUCUGUCGUGCUGGCAUCAUUGUGCAGAUAAACGAGGGCUGAAGGACGCAGUGCUCCAAGCCUCGUGGGACAAAGCUGUGACCUUUGUCUUCCACCAGAACUCCCACCAUGAUCAGAGAGGAGUCGUCUGAACAACUGUGUACGUAUCAAACCUGUCACAUGCAGCUGUGGCUGACUCGUUCUGUAAAACCGUAUCAGAGCUGCAGUAAAAGACGUCAUCAUAAUGAGAAGAUACCGAAGAGACGGUUAUUUUUUUUUUUGUCACAUGACCAAAGUCUUUCCUGCCUAACUAUUUUUUUGGUCUGUUUAUUUCUUUUUAUUUAUUGUGUACAUUUGAGGGUCUUUAUUAAUGUUGAUUAAAUGUCUGUCACAUAUAAAAUACUGCUUAUUGUCCUGUUUCUGCAGGAUUUUUACUUCAUAGUAGUCCCUCUAGGAUUUUGGGAUUUGCAGAAAUGAACGCAAAAUCAAGGAAAUUCGCAGGAGCUUGCAAUUUUUCUGAAUCACUGCAGGUCUUCCACAGAUUUGGGCCAAGACACGUCAUGUGACAUCACCACAACGCACAUUCAUCCAAAGCCCCCCCCUCAAUUCACAUACAUCGAACAUAAGUACAACUAAAAGGUCUCAUUUACCCACAGACAUCAUUGCGAAACCCGUGAAAAUCAAUUUCAUGCAAUCGCAAUUUUGCCAAUUCAAGUAGUUUUCUGUGAAAAAAGCACAAAAAACUCAAACUUUGCAUCACGGUGCAGCAAAAUUAAGCAUUUUAGGCCUUAACGAUCGCAAAAAAGAAAACCACGAAAUCCUGUAUGGACUGAAUUUCUAGUACAACAAACACAAAACUAAGAAGUAUUUUUGCAUGAACAUAAGGAACAUGUUUGUAUGAUACCCAACUUGAGUGUUCUAUUAAACAUCCAACAUGAUGGAAAAAGAAGAUAGCAUGAUGAAUAUAAUAUUACUUAA